AUGAGAAUUUUCCCCCUUUCUUACACGGGGACGAUUGUUCGAAUCUACUACUCCGUACAAUCAAACAAGUCACCUAACAACAAGUGUGAGGAUAACCCCUUUUUUAAUGUCAUCCGACAUAUGUUUGAAGGUAGCAGUUUUCUUGCGAAUGUUGCAGAAACUUCAAAGCAACCAAAUGGUUUGGUUUGUUUACAAGAGCAACUUCUUUUGAAUAUACGUAGCAACGGAACCCAUAAUAUAAGAAAUUCCUAUCAAGGAAUCGAGGUAAUAAAACAAAGAGCUUUUUGUCGAAAGGUUCUUCUUGUUCUGGAUGAUGUGGAUAAUGUCCAGCAAUUGAAAGCAUUAGCGAUAGAUCAAGAUUCCUUCAGGUCUGGAACGGGAAGUAGGAUUAUCAUAACAACAAGAGGUGUGUCUUUGCUAAAUUUGCUUAAAGUGGAUGAGAUAUAUGCAGCAAAGGAGUUAAAUAGGAGUGAAUCUCUUCAACUCUUAAGUUGGCAUGCCUUUAAGGAAGACUAUCCCAAAGGAAACUAUUUGGACCUUUCGGAUCAAGUCGUGGCCUAUGCUGGAGGGCUUCCAUUAGCUCUUGAAGUUUUGGGCUCCUUUCUGUAUGGCAAGAGCAUACAUGAAUGGAAAAGUGCAAUAUCAAAAUUGAAAAAAAUCCCUCCUAUAGAUGUUCAAGCAAAACUUAAGAUAAGUUUUGAUUCUCUUAGUGAUGAAGUGAAAGAGUUGUUCCUAGAUAUGACAUGUUUUUUUGCUAGAACAUAUGGUGUUUCUACGAUCAAAAUACUUGAAGGCUGUAAUUUUUUCGCUGCGAUUGGAAUUCGGGUUCUGGCCGAUCGGUGUCUCAUAAAAUAUGGGCCCUGUGAUGAGCUUAUGAUGCAUGAUUUGAUUAGAGGCAUGGGCAGAGAAAUUGUCCGACAAGAAUCUGUUAAGGAGCCAGGGAGGCGUAGCAGAUUAUGGUAUAAAGAGGAUGCCCUUGAAGUGUUGAGAGAUGGAACGGUGAGGUCCAUAUUCCUGAACUUUUAAUUCAUAUUUUCUGUUUAUUUACUGCUAGAAUUCCAAACGUGUAUGCACAUUCUUAGUUCUCACGGUUAGUAUUGAUGGACUUAAUCAUAACUUCCUUCUUAUUUUGUUUCCUCAUUAAGGUAAACUUCGCUCCUCAUGGUGCAAUGGAUUUUUGUAUUAGGGAACUGAAGCGGUUGAAGGUCUCUUCCUAAACUUUG